AUGUGUAUAGACGAACAUCUUGAAAACUCUUCUACUGAAAAGCAACAGGAUAUAUCCAGAACUAGUGAAAAUAACAAUACUCAAGCUAGCGUAUCCAAAAGAACAGAGGGUAUAACUAUAACUACAGAAGAUACAAAUAUAGAGAAAGACUCAAAAACUCAGGAAAUUAGCUUGACAAAUGCUACCACUUCUAACAAGAAAAUAGCACAAGAG